GCCGCAGUGUGGGAAGACUGAGCGAGGCCCUACAGACGACAGCCUCUCCUUCCGUUCGUCUCUUUCGCCGGAGAGAAACUUCUCCAGAGGCCGAAGUUCAGGCACAUGAAGGCCGACCCGUGUCAGAGGCAAGCUUGUGCUAUUCAGUACUGCUUACAGAAGAACAAGUACCAAGAAUCUGCUUGCCAAGCAGAGAUUGAAGCACUGAGGAAUUGCUGCAAGAAAUGGAGUAAAGAAUCUGGAUGCUGCGCAGGAGUCAAGUUAGAGGAGAAAGAUCUUGUGAACGCCAAGGCUCAUGUACCUAAGAAGUAAUGUCGCAACCUGUAAAAACACCAUUUCCAAGAACCAGGAUUGAUUUGCCAAGUUCGUACCGUUCAGGUCCCACGGGUUCUCAAAGGCCGGGCAGGGAGACAUUGUUCCCUGAAGGAUCAAAUUCAAGGUCAAGGUUACUGCAACAAGAUCCCUCUCAGUAUCAAUACAACCCAGAGAGUUUGAAGAACAACAAACCUGAGAUUGGCCGUUUUCGUCGGUGGAUAUAUCGCAAUCCUCGCAGGUUUCAGAUUAUUGGUCUCGGUCUUGGGCUGACAAUUUUCUUCAGUCGUCCUUUGUAUGACAUAUUUUUAAGGGAACAUAUUGAAGGUCCUUUGCCUAUAAAACAGAAAUAAGCAGGAAGGCUCAUUAUUAACCAAGAUGGAGUCUGUUAAGAAGGCACAAAAUCGUCUGCGAAAUUACCCUAAACUUGUUGCAAACUGUGCACCUGUAGCGACUGAAUAUGCACGCUGUGUGGCUUUGAAAGGAAAUGUACUGAAAGGAGAUUGUACUCAAGAGUUUGAAGCAUUUAAAAGGUGUAUUUUAGAAUCUGCCAAAAAAAUGAAAACAAGAAUUUAAUUUGGAAAUACUAGGCAAAUUGGAUACUGCAUUAAACCUGAAAAAAAGAAAAUACUGGAUUUGGUUAUAAGUGAAAGACUAUAUAUAAAGCAUUUUAUGCAUGAAACCAGAGUUGGGAUUGAUACUUCACACUGCGUCAUUGGGCUGUUUAGAUCUCAAAUAUGGCUUUGGGCACCAAGAAUUCUCGUUUUGGAUCAACAGAAGGAAUUCAGAUCCAUUUGAGUCUGGGAUUCCUAAUUCGUUUCAUGUUCAUUGUGUAUGGAGAGCAUCAUGACAGGACACAUGCUCUUAAGUACACAGACAUUGAUUACCAUGUUUUCACAGACGCUGCACAUGAAGUGGCAGCAGGAGGUAGUCCGUUUGAUCGACAUACAUAUAGAUAUACUCCUUUCCUAGCAUGGAUGCUUUUGCCUAAUGUAAAUUUGCAUUUCAUGUUUGGGAAGUUAGUGUUUGCAUUUCUAGACUGUGUGGCAUCAAAACUAAUCUAUCAAAUACUUUUGAUUGAUGGGCUUACCAAGUUAACAGCUCUUAGGUGUUCCUUUUUAUGGUUGUACAAUCCUUUGGUAAUAGGUGUAUCAACACGUGGCAGUGCAGAAUCUGUUAUGGCUGUCCUGGUCCUGUUAACAGUGUACAUGCUGAAGUUGCGGUUCAGUGUUCUGGCAGGCUUCUUUUUAGGAGUAUCUGUCCACUUUAAACUCUAUCCCAUUAUUUAUUGCAUCCCACUCUAUAUGUCGUUAACAAAUGAUUCGCACAGUGAUUCAUUGUUGAAGAGAGUAUUACCAAAUUAUACCAAGAUGAGAUUAGUUACUGGGGCAACCAUUUCCUUCUUUGGUUUAACAGGAUUAGGCUUCAUACUUUAUGGGGAACAGUACAUUGAAGAAGCUUUCUUGUAUCACCUUUCUAGGACAGACACUCGGCAUAAUUUUUCAAUAUAUUUUUAUUUAUUAUACAUUGCAGCAGAUUAUCAUAUUCCAGGACUGAACAUUGCCACAUUUGGACCACAGCUCGUUCUCCUUAUUGCAUUAGGAUAUAAAUUCUGCCACAGACAAGAUGUACCAUUUGCCAUGUUUACUCAGACUGUUGUGUUUGUUACUUUCAACAAAGUUGUAACUUCACAGUAUUUCUUGUGGUACUUACUUUUGCUGCCCUUAGCUGUGCCUCGCUUAAUAAUGACAAUGCAGAAAGCAGUGAUAUUGACUGUUCUUUGGGUGGCAGCUCAAGCAUCAUGGCUUCUUCCAGCAUAUUUGCUUGAGUUUCAUGCAGUAAAUGCCUUUAUCCCAAUAUGGCUUGAGAGCAUUGCCUUCUUUUGCUGUAAUGUUGGAGUGUUAAUGGCAUUGCUUUCAAGUUAUGCACCACACCAAUUAGGACACCAUCAUAGCAGUAGAAAGAAUAGAUAAAAACUGCACAAAAAAAAUAUAUAUAUGAAUGUGAAAUACAGUAUGUAUGUCUUUAGCUGUUUAAAGGAAAUAAGUUUUUUGGAUGCCUAUGAAUAAGAACUGCAAUGGUUUAAUAAGAAAAAGUGCUUUGUCUUUCAGCAAGUUUUUUUUGGUUUGGUAAAUAGUUUAGUUUCUUCCAUUACAUUUGUUGCCAUAGAUAAACAGUUUUGUUAAAGUAGUAACAAAUGGUAUUUAAGUAAAAAGCAGUUGAAUGAUAAAUGAUUGAUAUAAAAUUACUUUAACUAAAUAAAGUAUUUUCUUAAUGUUGCCUAGCAAAUUCUCAAAAUUCAGUGAUAAAAAUGUUUACAUUAUUUUUAUGUUACAGAUGUUUUAGUGAGGUUGUUGAUUAUGCAUUGAUGCAGCCUAUACAAGAGCUUAUAAAAGUGUAUAUUGUAAAUAAAGUCAUUUACUUGUAA